GCCAGCGUUGAUUUUAUUUAGCCAAAUGUAGAUUGUCAUAAGUUCAUCAAACCAUCGUCGGCUUGAUUGUGACACCAUUCGAGUUAGGCGUAUCGAGCUGGGAGGUUAUCGUCAUCGUAAGCUCGAAGCAGUGCAGAGUAAUAGAAGAAAAUGAGGAAUUCAUAAACAUAAUAAUGAUAAUAAUAACAGGGUAGAAACUGACUAGGAGAUUUAUAAGGUAAUUGGCAACGGCGAGAAAACAUCUCGGCUAAUAUCUGUGCUAUGUGUAUUGUUGAAAAGCUAUUAUUAGUGCACAGGAGGUGGCCAUAUUUAAUUGUGCUACGAGAUUGGUGUUGCCAUAGUGUGAAAUAGCGAAGAAAAACGAAAAAAACAAACGCCGAAUGGGCGAGAAAAGUUUUUUUCGUACCAACUCCCGUAAUCACUUUAGUGCUUCGUUUAUAAAUAUAUAGCUCAUGAGGUACACGUGUCCGUCAAUGAUUACUCUUUGUCGUAGUUCGAUCGCCUCGAAGCUACUCUUUCGUUUCAGCGGAAUUGUUACAUACAUCAAAGGAGCUGUCAUCGAUCCGAUACAUAGACAGUAGUGAUGGCCGAGCGCUAAAUCUGUUUCCAAUUGAGCACGCCUUACGGGGCAAGCACGCAUCACGACGUGUUUGCGAACAACGUUGUGCCAUGGAUCUACUGCUGGGUGCAUCUACGUAGGCAUACUGUAGUCGAUUAAAGCGGGUGGCCCUGAAAGGAUAAUUGCGUCCUAUCCAACGAGGUGUAAUAAUUUGUGAAAUCGGUGUUCCCACUCUGUAUGAACCGGGAAGUGAUUACGUAAUCAGGAAAACCGUCUAGGCUAUCCUGAUCUGGAUAACUAAUCAUCUUUCUUGUGUGCAGUAUUGCGUAUGUGUUCGUGAAGUCCGCUUAUUGCUGGGACAAAAAACCCGCAAAGGCUGUAUCAAACAUGCUGUUCUGCCGGGUUGCCGUGACUCUGUUAAUGCUACUUAUUGCGGUCAUGAUUGUAACGGCUCAACAACAACAGCAGCAGCAGCAGCAAAGUUCCGUACAGGGUCAACGAUACUCAGAUAGGCGGCCUUCGGCAGGAUGGCAUGAGGACUCCGGCACAGAAUCAGCUAAAGGAGAAGGCUCUUUGGCACCAAGAGGGACCUUUGCCAAAGGCUUUUCAAGCAGUCUGGGCCUUCACGGGCCGCAUGCGCCGCCACCCAGCAUCAAUCACACCCUAACUCCGACGAAUGUAACGGGCCAGUUGGGAGCUACAGCUUACCUUCAUUGUUACGUGCAUAAUGCCGGACAGAAAACCGUGACGUGGAUUCGCCGCGCCGACUACCAUAUUUUAACGGUGGGAGUUAUCACGUAUACAACAGAUGAACGAUUUUCAGCAGUACGUAUUGAAAUGCCGCAUGCCCUGUCGUUCACAACAGUAACCGCUAGCAAUGGUUCUGAUCUAGUUAAUCAAAGCUCCAGACAGAUCAUCACAGUUCCCUCGACAGCGUCUGUCGAAGACUGGAUGCUGCAGAUUCGAAAUGUACAAAAAGGGGACGCUGGCGAGUACGAAUGUCAGGUUAACACGCGGUACCCCAUCAUCAGUUCACAAAUAACCCUCAACGUUCUCUCUCCACACGCGUCAAUUCUCGAGGGAAGCGAGGUGUUCGUUAACGGCGGUAGCGUCGUAAGCUUAACAUGCGUGAUAUAUGAUUGCCCUCUGCCUCCAACUCACAUAUUUUGGUACCACGGCGAUCGAGUAGUCAACUACGAUAGCGGAGAUUCGCGUCACCGUAUCAACAUUACCAGCUUACAGCCACAUAACCCAUGGCAAGAUGUGACUAGACUCAGCUUAACAGACGGACCUACACAGAUUUCGCAACUCGUCAUUCAGAACGCAGCAAAACACCAUUCAGGAAGCUAUACCUGCGCCCCAGUUGACUCGGCCCCAGCUAGGGUGCAAGUGCACGUGCUCCAAGAAGAGGAGCAGCUGGCGCGUCAGUCUUCAUCAGAGGCGUCAGAGGGACACUCGACAAAACCCCUAUUUACAGUGUACACUUUAGGGCCGCUUCUUGUCUUGCAGACAGCCUUUUUACUUGUAGUAGCCCGAACCACGUGACACCAGCUCAGUCUCAACCGGAGAUGCUGUCACGCGGUAAGUACGUUCACGUAUGUUAAAUAUUUUGAAACGGAAAUACGGCAAAAAGCGCUGUAUAAAAUUCAUAGAGCCUGAGCAAAUUUGCCUUAGUCCAUGUUGCCAGAAUAACAUCGAACAGUUGACUCCACCUGUAGAAGUAGGACUGCAAAAUGUAGACCAGUUAUACUACAUUCUUCUUGAACAAAGCGCUCAGAAGGACUUUAGUAUCAUCGGCAUUUAAGUAUUUAAUAUCCAAUACUUGUCUCUUUACGCUUUAAUAAAUUCAUGCUCAGACGUUGUAAUGUUUCCUGAUUCGCUAUCUUUGCUUAAAAUUUUAUGGGCGAGUGUAUAUAUUUUGGCUGCUUUAUUCCAAAAUUUUGCAAGUUGUUGUUCGUCCAAGGUUACUUUUGUAGAGACGUAGCAUGAGAAAGUCGUAGAACGAGAUGUUGUCCUGUUUCCGUUCCUGUCUAUUCUCCCUUUAGGCGCCUUCGAUGGAGGACGAAGACGAGCUAUCUUCCUACGCAAAAGGCACCCAGGACGGUUGUGUUUCGGUUGAAUUGGUUGUCCCGCUCAUUUGCUCGGAUAUCGCGACGCAGCCUGUAUUGCCAUCUCCAGAAGAAAUGGCAUCCCACCAUCAACCGACAAGAACUUUGGCCAGUUCAGACGGAGAUCCCUACUGCUCUCUAAAGGAUGCCUUGCCGCUAAGAAGGCCUCAAGUUUUAACUUGUGGUAGACCAGCCAUUGGAGGGAUAGACACUGCUAUUGGCAACGUCUUUGGUGGCUCUGAUGCUCGGGAUAGAGUAUCCAGUAGUGGUAGCGUCAUGAGAAUGGCAGUCUCCGGUCAUUGCCUGUCAGCAGAUCCAGUUCUGGCUACGUCUUCAGGAGAGUAUAUGGCUCCCUCGAGCCUCACGUGCUCCCUGGUGGCUAACAACAGCCCAACGUUGUAUGACCAAACAUUGCUGAGCCGCGAUUGUAUAGAUCCAAGGGCUAAAUACAAGACGGAGACACAGUCCGGUUUCCUUUGAUCCUCGUGUUUACUUAUAUCUGCUAAAAAACCGACCUAAGUGUCCCACUCGUUUCAGGGAUAGAGGAAGGUAACCUUUUGCUCACAAUCAAAACUACUUCGACAACAACAAUAGUAACAACAACACCGACACUAGGUCAGCAAAGGCACGCAGACAUGUGGUGAAGACAGGCAGGCUGAUGCAGAAGCGAGGAUACGAACGAAAUCCCGUUGAAGUCAACUUUAACGAGAGAAGUGCAGUGUACAAAACCGGUUCUUAUAGAAAUACAAAGUUAGACGAAUGUCACCUCUAAUUCGAGCCAGUAAAGCCACUCAAUGUAUGUGGAAGUUUGUUAUAACAAAUGCAACCAAAAAGCAUAGUACCUAUGGUGGGAGAGGCUAUGGGGAGUAAAAGUUAAGGUAUCAGAGUCACAAGGUAUAGAGACACGGACGGAGAUGGAACAUGUCGAAAUAAUAAAUUAUGUUUCAAAACUAUAUACUUGCUUAAGAAAUUACUUAUUUUAUAUAAAACUGAAAAUUCUAAAUAUGUUCCCACU